AUGGGUAAGAAAGUUAAGAAUGAAAAGAAUCAAGUUGUUCCAAAAUGGCGCCCGCAAAAUAAAGAUACCUUUCCUGAAAAAACUAAAAAAAACAUACAAAAACCCCAGCUCAUAAAACACGAAAACAAUCGCAGUGACGCAAGUAGUAGCGGUUUCAAAAAAUUUUUCAUCAGGCGAUCUGAAGCAAGGAACAAAAACCUCAGGAAGGUUCCCGUCAUGACAUCUGAAAACCAGCAAGAACAGCAGCCUUCAGCCGAGAGUCGAAGUGAAGCCACCAAGAAACCGUUUGAUAAAAAAAAGUACAGGCUGAAGAAGUACAGUAAAAAAUACAAACUUGAUCAGUGGGAAGAGAGAAGGAAAGCUGCCAUCUCUCGAGAGUACUACAAACAAAUAAAAAACGAUGGCCCUGCAAUCGAUGUCUCUAAAAUCUACAACGAUCCUCGCAACCGGGAUUCCGACGACGAACACCGAGUACUAGAAGAGAAUGAGAACAAUCUCAAUGCAGGUAUUGUGGAAGAGGAGUCCCCUUUUGUCGAGAAUCCUCCCAGAAGAAAGCUGAAGCCUUUUGAAAGAGCCCAGCAAGAAUUCCAAAGACUGAAGGAUGAAAAGCAGAGAAAAGUGGAGGAGUUUCUCAGGAAGAAGGCGGAGAAAGAGGCAGCCCUAAAGAAGUACCGUAAAGAGAAGGCGGAGAAGUUUAAGAAACUCUCGAGAAGGACCAAGAAGGGACAGCCUAUCAUGAAUGACAGGAUGGAAAUGUUGUUGGAAAAAAUCCAGAAUAGUUUGAAGUGA